AUGCGCGCGCAGGCUGGGGUGGUUGCCUCUCAUACGGCAGGUCCUUCUACCCGGGCAAGGGGGGGAGGCGCGGGGUUGCUGGAUCCCUCCCUUCCCCCCAAGCUGAGGCCUUGGCUGGGGAGCUAGGCUACGUCCCCCCCUGUGGGGGGGAGGGCCCCCCAGUAGUCAUGGAGACCAGCUCUGGGGACCCCCCAUCACCCCCUCCUCGGUACAACUCUCCCCGCUCCAUGCUCCAUGCUAUGAAGGGGAUGGGCUCAGCUCCUAUGGCUUCAGUAGAGACUGACGACAGCAGGUCUGGUUCGCCCCUGGCCGCAGCUAACUUGGUCACCGUGGACCCCGUGGAGGCCACCAAGACCGAAGCAUCAUGCGUCUCCACAGAAACAUCCUCCACCGUGAUGACCAUAGAGAUGUCUCUCGUGGCCAGGGACAACGGCGAUGCGGCGUCUCUUGACCAGGGUGCUGGUGCUGGAGAGGUAGCCGUGGACGGGAUCCCGGCAGCAGAUGCGUCUUCUGCGGCGACUCUACCUGGGGUGAAAUCUGUGGCGCCCGUGCCCACUGUGGCGACCACCAAUGGAAUGUCAGCGACAUCAUCACCUCAGGACAGGAUAGAGGAAUUACCUGUGACUUUGUUCACAGGGACCAAGAUGAAACCCCUGCCGGUCCCACCGACGUCACCAGUGGUGGUCGUGGUGGCGCCUAGCCCGGGCUCGCCGCCGGAAAAGAUUUCGCCCACUGGCCCGGGAAGCUCAGAACCUCAGGAUCAGCCCUCUUCGCAACCACCUGGAUUCCCAACCCAACCAGACCUGGACUCCCAACCCAACCAGGGCACUCCGGCACCCAAGGCUCCACCGGCUUCUGACACCAUGAGCUACUUGGAGUCUGUCAGUCUCAUGUCAGGCACCAUGGAGUCUUUGACUGGCCCUGGAUUUGCUGAUGACGCUAGCUCUCUGGGUUCAGAUUCCGAAAUCAACGGCUUGGCGUGCCGUAAGACCGACAGAUACGGCUUCCUUGGGGGCAGCCAGUAUUCUGAGGCAGUUCAGAGCACCAUCCCUCUGGAUGUGGGCAGACAACGGGAAAUGAAGUGGGUGGACAUGCUUUCCCGCUGGGACAAAUGGCUGUCGCGCAGAUUCCAGAAGGUGAAAUUGCGUUGCCGGAAGGGGAUUCCUUCUUCCCUCCGCGGCAAAGCCUGGCAGCUUCUCUCAAACAGCAAGGAACUCCUGGAUCAAAAUCCGGGAAAAUAUGAGGUAUUUUGGAACGUCUUUUUGGUUUUUUGUUUGGUUUUUUUGAACUAUCAUACAAGAGAUGCUAUAUUUCGGAAAAGGUAGUGGUUUAUUGUGUAGCUAAUGUGUGUUUUAGCGUAAUUUUAGAUUUGUUGUAUGUACUGUGCAAUUUUGAUGUUUGGUUUCUGUUGUGAGCCGCUCUGAGCCUAUGUGGGAGAGCAGCAUAUAAAUUUGAAU